AGAAACUUAAGCGAUGUCAUUCCACAGUCAAAUGGAAUGUUUCAUUCAAUAGACGAAGAAUGUCAGAUCUGUUUUGAAGGAUAUCAUUGCUGGUACAUGUAAGCAAAAACAAAACAAAAUAAAAAAGCUGCUGUUGCUAUUGUUACUAAAGGAGCUGAGCUAUCUUCAUUCUAAAAGUUCGAUUUCUCUAUUUCUUCAAGUUUUUUUUCUGACUUUACUGGGUCCAGGUAAACACCAAAUCCACGGAAUGAAAUGAGGCAAACGCUUCCCUUUUGGUCAUGGGCUGCUAAACGUUCAAGAGAUGCUUUUCGUAAACAAUCCAAAAUUGAUAACUAUCGAUCUAGAGCUGCUUACAAAUUGCUCGAACUAAACCAAAAGCACAGAUUCUUAAAAAAUGGAUUUCGUGUCAUUGAUUUGGGGUUCGCUCCAGGCUCCUGGUCUCAAGUAGCCUCGAGGGCUGUAGGUUCUGAAGGGUUGGUUGUUGCAGUAGACAUUCAAAAUGUAGCACCGCCGCAAGGAGUCCUUCCGGUGUACGGUGACAUGCUGGAACCUCAAACACGUGCCAAAAUACAAGAUGCUUUCCAUCAACAUCGACAGCAAUCAAAGGCUGAUGAUUUGACUGUAGAUACAGUUUUGAGUGAUAUGCUUCAUUCGACUACAGGCAUACGCAUUCGAGAUCAUGCCGUAUCCAUGGAUUUAUGUAACUCCGCAUUUCAAUUAGCCAAAACCUUUCUUCGUCCUGGGGGUUUUUUUGUUUGCAAAUAUUAUAUGGGAUCUGAAGAGCAAGAGUUUCAGAAGUCUCUAAUGAAGAUUUUUAAACGCGUCCACGUAGAAAAGCCAAAAGCAUCUAUAAAAGAAUCUAGAGAAGCAUAUUUUGUAUGUUUGGGACGGAAAUAGUACAGGCACCGUUCUUGAGUACAUCUUUUUAUUCUUAAUACGCCAGCUAUAGCUUUCGUUACUUCCAACAAAACAUAUCAAUGAUAUGCAUUUACAAAUUAUACAACAUAAAAACCAUGAUAUUAUUACCUACACCUCCUUUGUUUAAAUACACUGGAAACGUCCAAUCACCCAGAGCUCAUCGCCCGCGAUGAGGCUCUUAGCUUUGAUUUCUUUUUUCUGCGUUGUGCCUUUUUAAACGCUCUUGCAUCUUCGCUCGAAGCCUUGCAAGUGCCUCUUUUGUAUGCUCGAUGUCGUUACGUGUACUUUCUUCCUCCCGCCUUGGAGAUUGAUUCUGGCUAUUCCUUGAAGGUCUUCUUACAGAAUGUUCAAUCGAAGGAUUUGAACUUUCUUGCUUAUCGCUGUAGUGACUCCAUGUUGUUUUAGGGAUGGGAGUUAGUUGUUCAAACAUGGUUGUGCUAAUGUCCGGCCUACCGCUAGAUGUACCUGUAACCGGCAUACUCUUGUCAUUAGUAGAUAUAUGGUCAGAAGAAGCACCUUUACUAUUUGUGUAGCCCGAACCGACAUCUUUCUCCUUAUGAUUUUCAUGAUAAACCACUUCCUUAUUACCGUUUGCUAAGAUGUUGUCUUUAUUAUUCGAGAAGUCCGGAGUCUCUAUUUUUAUUUCCUUAGGUUCGUCAGCAGACAGUGCAGUCCGAUUGGAAAUUGGAGUAGAAGUAUUGAAUACAUUUUGAUUUGCAGGUUCAGUGCGAUUCCCAAGGGUUAAAGAGGAAGAAGUAUUAUAUGAUGCCUUAUUGCCAUUCCCUUUCUUAGCAUCCAUUGUUUGUAAAUACUUAUCUUGAGUGGCUCUCGGUGAAUUGAAAGCACGAGAUUCAGAGAAUUCUUCCAAAAUUAGUGAAUCUUCAGAUUCAGUUGAGCUUUCACUAAGUUCGUAAAGCUCCUUACCAUUCUCCUUUAUUUGAUGGGUUUCUUCAACUGAACCAGAUAUUCCCGUCCUGUUGGACAAUAGGUUCUGGUGAUCAACUUGUGCAUUCGAAUUCUCUCGUUGAGAGGAUUUUGAUUGAAGAGGAGUCGAAUGGACAGGGAAAUUCGGUAACGAAGGAGAAGAAGCGCCAUUCGGAGGUCCAAACAAAAAAGGGCUCGUGCUAGCAUUUCGUUCAUAGUGACUCAAUUUAUCUUGUAAGUUGUGCAGCAUAGAUUCAAUACUUUCAAGCCGUUGAAACAGAACCAAUGAGUCGGAAUUCGUAUCUGCAGCAGUUUUCGGAGAGGAGGUAGGGAAAGGAGGAUCCGUUUGUGUUGGAGGAUCAUGGAAAUGAAAAGGAGAUGGAGAAGAACGGGAAGGAAUCCUGGAUCGAAUGGAAGAUUCGGAGGCACGGAAAGAAGAAGAUGGCAAGGGUUGUCGGUGUGAAUGAAAUCGAGAACGUGAAGGUGAUAGAUCAUUUAUAGGGGUUAAAAAGGGAGCAUCGAAAGAAGCGUCAUUAUUGAGAUCAAGAUGAACAGGCUUGUUUGGUGAAGACAACUCUGACUGGACUUCAUCCGUUCGGAGUGUUUUCUGUUUAGGGGUUCGACCACUUGCGACCGUUUUCUUGGGAGACUUUUCACCCGCAUAUUGCCUCUUUCUCUUUCUAGAAGGAUGAUUAGGAGGAGGGAUAAAUUGUAUAUCAGACUUCUUCGUCGUUGAGUUUCUAUCUUGUGUUUCUAGCGAGCUAGCCGAUGGCUCGUUCAGCUGUUGUUUUUCCCACUCCAAAUAUUCAUUUUUAGCAUUCUUCCAGAAUUGCUUAAAUUUGGUCCACAAUCCAGCAGAAGUCGGAUUACCUGGAUUCAUCUCAUUGUAUGUCUUCAACCUCAAUCCUUACAAUUUGCUGUUUCCUUGAUAUCUGCACGUUCAAAUAAACAAAAACCCUAUAUUAAUAAAAUUCUUUUCAAAAACUACCAAAUGAUGAGAACUUUUCCAACAGUUUCGCUCUUCUAAGUUCGUUUGUUGGAAAAGGCAUGUAUAGCUUAGUGCCGGAAUAGGCCUCAGCAUGGGUCUGAAGAGUCGAGAGAAAAGUAUUUUACACUUUCAAAUUCUUGAAUCAAUAUGAGGUUAUCUUAAACAUUGUG